AUGAAUGCCAUACAGAAAAUCAAUAAGAUAAAUCAGAAGGAGCUAGAAAAUAAUGUCAGCGAUUCCGCUUCUUGGCAUGCCGAUUAUAAAGAUACUUCAUACAUCUACAUUGGUUUCUUACCAUUCGAUCUAAAUGAAAUGGACAUAGUCAAAAUAUUUUCACAGUAUGGUAUACCAACACAUCUUAAUUUAAUGAAAGACAAAGAAACAGGAAAAUCUCGAGGAUUUUGCUAUUUAAAGUAUGAAGAUUAUAAAUCGUGUGUGCUAGCAAUAGACAACUUCAAUGGUAUACAAUUACGAGAUAAAAAGAUCAAGGUUGAUCAUGUAUAUUAUUAUUUGAAAGACGGUCAAGAUGAGAAUGAUUUUAUUAUUGAUUACAGUGAAGCUGAAAGAGAAUUGAAGGAAAUUGAGGAUGAUUCCAAGAAUAAGGAGACCAAGUUAAUCAAGGGUAAAAGUGCACCUGAUGAUCUCAUGACGGAAUAUGUAGAGGACCAAGAUGAUCAUGGUGAAUUUGAUGACCCAAUGGCAAAUUACCUAAGAAACAAAGGAGACGAAAAUGACCAAUUUAUGGAUCCAAUGGCGACCUAUAUUGGGAGUAAAGAUGAUAAGCAUAAGAGUAGUCGUCAUAAACAUAGGCACAGGCAUAGAAGCGAAAGAAGCAGAGAUAGAAGCUCAAGGGAGAAACGCUCAAGGUAUAAAAGUCCAUCAAGUCGAAUCCAUAGAGAUAAGAGUUCGAGUCAUAGAGAAAGAAGUCCAUCAAGUCAUAGGCAUAGAAACAGGAGCCUGGCAGAUGACAAGGAAGUACAGAGAACUCAAUAA